GGAACCAAUCGCCUCCCUUAUCCUCCCCGGUCACUGGAGCGAAGCGAGCGUGGGUGUGCGUUGCGCCGUCAUGGCUUGCUCCCUUCCUUCCCUCGUCGCCUCGAAGCCCACGGCGCCCUUGGCCUCCCUGGCCCCCACGUCGAUUCCUCCAUCGGGAACCCAGGCAAUCCCGAAGGGCUUCCACGGCCUAAGGCGGAGCUUCCAGCCUCGCCCCGCCCGGAUGAUCUCUGCUCCCAGAACUUCCCAAAGAAGCUUCGUUGUCAAAGCCUCGUCCGAGAGCUACUCGCCGUUAGUCGGGAACAAAGCACCGGAUUUUGAGGCUGAAGCUGUCUUUGAUCAGGAGUUCAUAAAUGUAAAACUCUCUGAUUAUAUUGGGAAGAAGUAUGUAAUUCUGUUUUUCUAUCCACUGGACUUCACGUUUGUUUGUCCCACUGAGAUAACUGCUUUCAGUGACCGCUACUCGGAAUUUGAGAAGUUAAAUACAGAGAUAUUGGGUGUUUCAGUUGACAGUGUGUUCUCCCAUCUUGCAUGGGUUCAAACAGACAGGAAGUCAGGGGGGCUCGGAGAUCUGAACUAUCCGUUGAUAUCUGAUAUCACUAAAUCAAUUUCAAAGUCUUAUGGAGUCUUGAUCCCUGAUCAGGGUAUUGCGUUGCGAGGACUGUUCAUCAUUGACAAGGAAGGUGUGAUUCAGCACUCUACCAUCAAUAACCUCGCCAUCGGUCGUAGUGUUGAUGAAACCAUGAGGACUCUUCAGGCAUUGCAGUAUGUCCAAGAGAACCCAGAUGAGGUUUGCCCUGCAGGAUGGAAACCUGGAGAGAAAUCGAUGAAGCCGGAUCCUAAACUCAGCAAGGAAUAUUUUGCGGCUGUUCCGUGAGUUCUGAUGUGCCAAGUUUUCUCUAAGAUUCGGGAUGGACUCUACCCUUCAACCUAUUGUGAGUUAACCGAUCGAUAUAUUCUCUGUUCGCACUGAAUAAAAAUGGGGCAGACUUUACCCCUUUGUAGCGUAACUCCAUUUACAGAUGCUGCUGCCUGUUCUUGUGCCCUUCUCUGCUAUUUAAGUUGUCUGUCCAAAUCCCCUGA